AUGGCAGCCAAGCAGGCAGAGCCUGUGACGUUCAUCAGCCUUCGGAAGCUGAGCCAGGCGUCUCCAGAGCCACAGCAGACAGCAACAAAGACAUUCACUGUGGAGGAUGCUGUGGAGACCAUUGGGUUCGGACGCUUCCACAUAGCGCUCUUUCUGAUCAUGGGCAGCACUGGGGUUGUGGAGGCCAUGGAGAUCAUGCUGAUAGCAGUGGUGUCUCCUGUCAUCCGCUGUGAGUGGCAGCUGGAGAAUUGGCAGGUGGCGUUCGUGACCACAAUGGUGUUCUUUGGCUACAUGGUGUCCAGCAUCAUUUUUGGUCUUCUGGCUGACAGAUACGGCCGUUGGAAGAUUUUGCUGAUCUCGUUCCUAUGGGGAGCCUACUUCUCCUUACUGACUUCUUUCUCUCCUUCCUACGUCUGGUUUGUCUUUCUACGGACCAUGGUGGGGUGUGGCGUGUCUGGCCACUCUCAAGGGUUAAUCAUAAAAACUGAAUUUCUACCCACAAAAUAUCGAGGCUACAUGUUGCCCUUGUCCCAGGUUUUCUGGCUUGGUGGCUCCCUGCUCAUCAUCGGCCUGGCCUCUGUGAUCAUCCCUACCAUCGGGUGGCGUUGGCUCAUCCGCAUUGCCUCCAUCCCGGGCAUCAUUCUCAUCAUGGCCUUCAAGUUUAUCCCUGAAUCUGCUCGGUUCAACGUCUCUACUGGGAACACUCAGGUCGCACUGGCUACCCUGGAGGGUAUCGCCAAGAUGAACCGCUCGGUCAUGCCAGAGGGGCAGCUGGUGGAGCCCAUCCUGGAAAAAAGAGGAAGAUUUGCAGACCUACUGGAUGCUAAAUAUUUGCGGACCACUUUACAGAUCUGGAUCAUAUGGCUGGGAAUCUCCUUCGCCUAUUAUGGUGUUAUCCUGGCCAGUGCUGAGUUGCUGGAGCGGGACCUGGUCUGCGGUUCGAAGUCAGAGUCUGAAUCAGAGGUGUUGGUGACACUGGGGGACUCAGAGGGGAGUCAGAGCUCCUGCUACUGCCACCUGUUUGCGCCCUCCGACUACAGGACCAUAAUCAUCAGCACCCUCGGGGAAAUUGCUUUGAACCCUUUAAAUAUCCUGGGCAUCAAUUUCCUGGGAAGACGGCUGAGCCUGUCAAUCACCAUGGGAUGCACGGCUUUAUUCUUCCUUCUCCUCAACAUUUGUACUUCGAGUGCUGGCCUCAUUGGCUUCCUCUUCAUGCUGAGGGCCCUGGUGGCAGCCAACUUCAACACCAUCUAUAUUUACACUGCCGAGGUCUACCCCACACCAAUGCGGGCCCUGGGGAUGGGAACCAGCGGCUCCCUGUGUCGCAUUGGAGCAAUGGUGGCACCAUUUAUAGCCCAGGUCCUCAUGAGUGCCUCAUUCCUGGGAGCCUUGUGUCUUUUCUCAUCUGUCUGUGUUGUGUGUGCCAUUUCUGCAUUUACUCUCCCCAUUGAAACCAAAGGACGGGCCCUACAGCAAACUAAAUGAAGACCUGCAACACUUUGGCUACCAAAGGAGAAAAACACCUUUCUUCACUGAGCUCUUGCACAUUUUAAAAAACUUGUUUUUAUUUCUGUAUGUGGUGAUUACAAAACAUCAUCGAUUAAAACAGCCAAGGCAUACAUGGCAAUGCAGUUGGGAUCUUUUCCUUGGGUGUGUAAAUCUUUUAUAGAACACAUUUAACCAGGCAUAGUAGUAUAUGCCUAUAAUCUCAGCACAUGGGAGUUAGAU